UUUAGUUCGGGGUUCACACCGGCCCGGAGUACUUUGCAGCUACUGUACUCUUCUGUGGAAUGACGGCAUGAAUUGGUUCAUCCAGGAAGACUAAGGGACUGGAUUACAAAAGGCCUCUCUCCCCAACACCAGGUGAAGUUACUCUGAAGAGAACAAAUUCCCAGAAGCAGUAUGAUCAUCAAUUCACCUUGAUAUUAAUCCUGGUAUUGCUAAGAGUGUUGCUGUGCUGGCAAACUACAGGAGAAUAAUUUAUAACUUAUCUGUGAAAGAAGUUACUUGCUCCCAUCAUGGCUUUUCCAGAGCCAAAACCCAGGAGGCCUGAGCUGCCCAAGAAACUGCUGGGUACCCUGGAAUGCAAACAGGGAGCUGUCAGAGCAGUGAGGUUCAAUGUGGAUGGCAAUUAUUGUCUCACCUGUGGCAGCGACAAGUCACUCAAGCUUUGGAACCCCUACAAAGGGACUCCCCUCAAAUCAUACAGUGGCCAUGGCUAUGAAGUUCUUGAUGCAGCAGGGUCAUUUGAUAACAGCCAACUUUGCUCAUGCGGAGGAGACAAGACGGUAAUCUUAUGGGAUGUUGCCACAGGGCAGGUGGUUCGCAAGUUCCGUGGCCAUGCAGGGAAAGUAAACUGUGUGGAAUUCAAUGAGGAGGCAACUGUGAUCCUGUCAGGUUCUAUAGACUCCAGUAUCCGCUGCUGGGACUGCCGCUCACGCAGAUUGAAUCCUGUCCAGAUUCUAGAUGAGGCCAAGGACGGCAUCUCCAGUCUGAAGGUGUCAGAUCAUGAAAUCCUUGCUGGUUCUGUGGAUGGGCGUGUGCGGCGCUAUGACCUCCGUGCUGGAGAACUUUACUCAGAUUAUAUUGGAAGUCCAAUCACUUGCGUCUCUUUCAGCAAAGAUGGGCAGUGUACUUUGGCUGCCAGUUUAGACUCUACGCUGCGAUUGCUGGACAAAGAUACUGGAGAGCUGCUAGGAGAAUAUACAGGCCACAAAAAUGUGACUUACAAAAUGGACUGUUGCCUGAGUGAGAGAGACACACAUGUUGGGAGCUGCUCUGAGGAUGGGAAGGUGUAUUUUUGGGACCUGGUUGAGGGAUCCCUUACUCUGGCCUUGCCUGUGAGCAACACUGCAGUCCAGUCUCUGUCCUUCCACCCAACUGAGCCUUGCCUGCUUACUGCUUCAGAGGGCCGUGUCCAGCUUUGGAGGGAGGAAUCCUAUGUGGCUGAAGAAGGUGCAGUGGCCUGAUCAUUGUUGCCCUCCUCCGAGUAGAGAAUCUCAGAUGCUGGGAGACAGACCUCUCUCCUCAGAGACACACAGAACAGUGUGUAAUGCCUUCAGGAAGGUGUGUAACACUGGACUAUAGAAGGAAUAACCCUCCCAUGGGCUUUCUGCCUCUGAUAGGACAAGCGUGACCUCUAUUGCUGUCUAAAAGACAAAAGAGCAUCCCUGAGCGGUCGGAACCUAACAUCUUCCUCACUCUUUGGAAUGCCAUUUUCCAAUAAAGUUAUCUGUAUUACAAUCAUCAGUUCAAAUAAACCAUUCCUCCUUGGGAUGAGGAGUGACUGCCUUAA